AUGGUUGCACGUGCAGGACGAAGCCGUUUCUUCGCAUGCCUCGGACUGCUGAUUCUGAUGGUGGGUUUCGUGACGAUGUUCCACAACUCGCAGCAACAGCUGGAUGAGCUGCGACAGCUGGGGUUGCGCUGCGAGCAGCAGCAAAAGUCCGUUCAAGCACAGAUGGAAGUCCUCGUCGACCAGAAGCUGCGGCUGGAGAACUCGCUCGAGUCAGAGCGCAUGAUAAACGAGGCCAACAGAAAGGAAUCGAAGCAGAAAGCAAAAGAGGAACAGGAGGAGCACAGCAAAUCGUCGAUGGAGGCCAACAUUCGCUACGCCUCCUUGCAGCAGCAAUGCAACCUUGUCAAGAGCCAGCUCGGAGAUCUCACGGAAGAGUGUAGUCGUAGCAAGAAACAGCAAUCGGAAGAAAUAAAUUCGCUUCGGCUGAAAACGUCGGAGCUUCAAGGCAAAGUACAACGGUUCAAACAGGAAUCGGCUAAUGAUGUGGAACAUUUGAAGGCUCUAAUAGAGCAGCUAAAAAGCGACAAGUAUAACCUCGAGGCUUCGCUACGACGGCAGCUAGGAGAAAAGGACCAUGUGAUUGAAAAAAUACGCGAUCUCGCGACAAAGAUGGAAAAAGAGAAUGCAUUCUACCUCGAGCGAUGCAAGUUACCUGCGGACCAGCGUCCGAAACAGCACCACCGCUAUCAAGACGUUUUGGAGGCACUGUCCUUGGUAGCGGCCAAGGCAAACGCUGCUAAGGCAUCUGUGCACAAUUUCAACGAGCAACUAUCCGUGAGUGAAGAUUUGUACCGCAUACCGGUAGCGUUGAAACACCGCUCCGUUGCUAACUUGGCCACAAGCUCUACUACGGUGUCUAUCGGUCUGUCGCCCUCAACCUCCUCUUCCUCUUCCGCCACUAACAAUCGAUCCGCGGGGAGAAUUUCUCGUGCCUCGGAGGAACAGGAAACGCGCGUUAUUGCCAAUCCGUUCGAGUUGCUCCCCCGAGCGAACCCAUACGUCGAACGUAACCCAGCAGGGGCAUCUGAAGACUCCAAGAUUAACCUCGUUGGCGGUGGCGGUGACACGGCUUCCCGGCUACAUCCGGCACUCGAUGGUGGUAUUAUUAAUUCUGUGGAAAAUUUUCAGAUCAUACCCAAACCAUUACCCGCGGUUGCUGCCCCGGACGGUUCACAGGCGAACAAUGUGCUGCAGGAACCACGACUGCUGAAAACCUCUACAUCGGUAUCGACAAACGGAAAGCGGUACGCAUCUUCUGACCGCAACUUACAAGUUCCGAUUCUAGCAGCACCAACCAUGCUGCCUGGACCGUCGGUAGAACAUUCAAGCAAACGCAGCAAUAGUGGUGUAGAUGGUGGCGGAGGCACCGUGUCCGGAAGCAGAAGCAGUACCACAUCCACUACAACCAGCCCGUCGGUGUCUCGGGGUGCUGGGGUUGCUCCAAAUCGGUCAUCGAGCUCCGUCGCUCGGAAACCUUUAAGCAACAGGCACACGAAGCCAGUGCCGGUUGGUAUCGUACCGUUCCCUGACAUGAUGCCUGAGCUAGAGGAAAAUAUUAGUGAAAACAUUUUGGAUAACCGGUACGCUAACGUGGCCGCAGCAGUCGCUGGAAUGGCAACCGGUGGCUUCAAUGGCGCUGGUGCUGCUAGCAACUCGCUGGGUGUGGCGAAAAAAGGUCGGUCCGAUAAGCAGCGAGCCGGUGCCGGUGGAGUGGCAGCUGAUUUAAACUUCCUUAAUGGCGGUACCAAUCUGGACACUGAUAAUGGUGCCCAUGAAGUGCAGGACGGUGAAACGGGAGUAAAGCGAACAGCAGCUGGCGGCGUUGGAGGUCAGGGAGGUGAAGGAGUGGCACCAGCUGGUGACGAUGAUCAGCUAGCGAUGGGCAACGAGAACAAUCUGAAUGCAGCCGAAGAGGAUACAAACCUGUACGACAACGGCAACGAAGCCGCCGGAGGCAAUAAACCGCAGUUUGGAGGCAAUCCGUUGCUCGAUCAGCAGAUAGACUAUAAUGACGUCAUAGUUCCAGGACACGGUGUGGGACGCAGUGGCGAUCAGAACCGUCGAGUUGCAGCUAAAAGGCGUGAAGGAGGCGCAGUCGGUGGAAUCGAGAGUAAAGGUGGUGUGAUCAUCGACCGGAUGGGGGAUAAGUUGAUUAACGAAAUAGCCCAUGAUCAUGGGAAGGAAGGGGACAACUACCCGAACGAGAUGGAAGAUCUACAUCUUGUAGGAAACGAAGCCGAAGAAGAGGACGUGAGUGAUUAUGACGAUCCGACGGCACUAAAGCAAGGACAUGCCGAGCGUAAUUAGGCUACGUUUGUGAAAGCUCAUACC